AUGCAGAACCCAUCGUGUCUGCUGUAUGGGCCUGGAGACGCUCGUUUCGAAAAUAUCCCACUCCCAACCAUCGAGGAUCCCUACGAUGUAAUAAUUCGCAUCGCAUAUGUCGGCGUCUGUGGAAGUGAUGUCCACUUCUGGCUACACGGCGGCAUAAAAAGCUACGUGUCACCAGAACACCCUUUAGUAAUGGGCCAUGAAGCAUCAGGAAUCGUCUAUGCCGUCGGUUCCGCAGUCACACACCUCCAACCAGGCGAUCCAAUCGCCAUAGAACCAGGCUACCCCUGCCGACGCUGUCGUCACUGUAAAUCAGGCAAAUAUAACCUUUGCUCGGAUAUGCGUUUCGCCGCCGCUCCACCGUACUCCCAUGGCGCUUUAUCAAAAUAUUACAAACUGCCCGCGGACUGCUGCUACAAGAUCCCGACUAACACCGCCCCCUUACCGCCGCUCGGCCUGGAUGAAGCAGUCCUUAUUGAGCCAUUGGCCAUGGCUGUGCAUUCUAUUAGGCAAGUUGGUGUGCAACCUGGUGACAAGGUUGUUGUUUUCGGGGCCGGGACGGUGGGAUUACUUUGUGCGGCUGUGGCGAGAGAGUUCGGGGCUAGGAUGAUUACAUCUGUGGAUUUGCGUCGGGAGAGGCUUGAUUUUGCGCAUUCAUUUGUUCCCGGGUCCAGCAGUGGAGGUAAUAAUAUUCAAGUUCACAGCAGGGUGGGAUUUUCCACAGCGAUUCCCAAUCCCGCACUAUCAGCGGAAGAAAAUGCGCAAUGUCUUCGCGUUGUGCAUCGGUCUUCGGUGCUGGAUGACGAUCCCGGCUUUGACAUUGCGAUUGAAUCUACCGGAUCCGAGUCUUGUAUUCAGAUGGCGAUUUAUGCGCUCCGGGUUGGUGGCUCGUUUGUGCAGACGGGUAUGGGGCAGAAGAGGGUGGUGGAUUUUCCGAUUUCGGUCGUGGCGGAGAAUGAGAUUUGCGUUAAGGGGUGUUUUCGGUAUGGGCCUGGUGAUUAUCGGAUGGCGUUGGAGUUGGCUAUUUUGAGAAAGAUUGAGCUUAAAUCGUUUAUUACGAAGGUUGUGCCGUUUGAGAAGGCGGUUGAGGCUUGGGAGACGAAGAGACGUGGGGAGGGUAUUAAGACGCUUAUUCGGGGGGUGGGGUUUUCGGAUGGGAGUGACCUUGCCAGUGGUGCUUCGCCUAUGUCUACUGGUAUUGGCAGGAGGGAGGAGAGUUCAAGGGGGAGGAGCGAGUAUAUUCUUAUUGAUGGGUAA